AUGCCUUCACGAUCCGUUCUAUCAUCUGCCGUUGCGCUGCUCGCGUCGGCCAGCCUCUUUGGCAACGCUGUCGCUCAAGUGCACACCGACUGCAACCCCAUGGAAAAGGACUGCCCCGCGAACCCGGCCUUCGGAAUGGCCUACAACUUCGUCUUCAACAAGUCUCAGCCCGCCUGGGACAUGACUGUUGGGCCCGUUACAUAUGAUAACGAGAACGGCGCAACCUUCACAAUCGCCAAGCAGGGCGAGUCCCCGACCAUCCGCACGCAACAAUACUUGUUUUUUGGUCGCAUCGAGAUCAUAAUGAAGGCCUCGCCCGGCAGGGGUAUCAUCAGCUCCGUCAUGUUGUUGAGCGACAACCUGGACGAGAUUGACUUGGAAUUCCUCGGCAUCAACAACACCAUGGCUCUCACCAACUACUUUGGCAAGGGCAGUGAUGAUUUCACAAACGGCAAGGAGAUCGUCGUCCCAGGCGCCCCUGUCCAGAACGAUUUUCACAACUACACAAUCGACUGGACAAAGGACCGGCUGCAGUGGAUGAUCGAUGGGAACCUCGUGCGUACCCUUUUGCCUGCCGAUGCCAAGAAUGGCGAGAGGUACCCUCAGACACCUUGCCGCCUCUCGCUGGGAAUCUGGGCCGGUAGCGACCCCCGCCUUCCCCAAGGUACCCGUGACUGGGCUGGUGGCGAUACCGACUUCAGUAAGGGUCCUUUUAGCAUGCAUGUCAAGAGCACCUACAUCAAGGAUUACAGCAGCGGGAAAGAAUACGCCUUCUCCGACAGGAGCGGAAGCUACCAAAGCAUCAAGAUCGUUGAGGGUGAAUCGCCUGCCAACAAGACCAUUACCGAGGCCACAUCUGUUUCGCCAAGCCUCAGUGAGCGCUGGGCCAGCCUUACUGACGGUCAAAGGACGGGUAUCUACGUUGGCGCCGCCUCAUUCGUCGCCAUCAUUGCCGGCGUCUUCCUCUGGUACUUCCUGAAGCAGCGCAGGCGAGGCAAGGAGGAGGCACGUCUUGCCGCCGAGCGCGAGAAGCGUGAGCAAAUGGAGCUGAACCAAUUCCACGCCGCAGGCAUCGACCCGGACAGCUUCACCGUUCAGCACGCAGAUGGCAACCCCAACCCAUUUGCCACUCCAGCCCACUCGAUUCACGAGAAGCAGCGUAUGCAAAGUAGUGCUGCUGCGGCCGGCGUCGGUGCUGGCGUCGCAGCUCCGCUCCUCCGCGAAGAUCCUCGCAACCCGCACAGCCCCAACAUGAACGACGGUCAACAGCAGCAGUACUUUGACCAGCCCCCCAACUCUGGCGGCAUGCGCUCGCCCUCUGGCUCUCCUGCAGGAUAUCCCGCAGGACCCGGCGGUCCUCCCAGGGGUCCUCCCAGCCCUGCUCUUGGUUCUCCAGCCGGCUAUCCUCACCCUGACCGCUCUGCCACGGCUCCGGUUAACAGGAUGAACAGCCCAGGGCCUAUGAACGGACCACAAAGGAGCUUUACCAACGACAGCUACAGGGGACCCGGUGGCCACCCUCAGCAAGGAAACAACGGGUGGAGGUAAUCCUAACCCUUCGCCUAGGGCGCGUCACUCACGCCCUCACUAGGCCUAGUUUUCCAUGAUAAUCCUUUGCGAAUGACCCUCAAAAUUCUGAGUGCUGGACUUUUUUUAAACUUCGAACCUUGUCAUCAUGUCUCGCGAUUUUAUCAUACACCGUCAAGCGUUUUCGUUGCUGGCGUAAUUUUUUUUUUUUAGUUCACAUCUAUAAAGCUUGUUGUCGAUACACAUUUUCAAUACCAC